UCGGAGAUCAGUAUUACUCUGACUUAUUACUUUAGUGCAUUAGUUGAAGGCAUAUAUGCGACGUCUCGUACACAAAUAGCGGACACAAGACGGAAGUGGCUUUCUUGUCGACGAGUCGACAAAAACGUCGACAAUAAAGACAAGCUCUUUCUUAGUUGAUGAAUUUUGCUGAGACUAUUAUUACUGACGACUAUAUGAGGCUUGAGACUUUCCAGAGCAUUGAAACUCGAAAAAUUACGAGGCGAGACAAGAAGAAAGGGAGCACGUGGAAGAAUCUGCCAAGACAAAGUCGACUCACGAAAAGGCAGAUAACGGAGUUGUUCUUCGAAAAUUGCAUCGAUUGUGGAAAAAUGGCUGCUAUUCCGCAAAGUGCUAUCGCGGUGCACAAAGUUCGCGAUAACAACGAGCGUGCUGUUUCGAUGUCCGUGAAGGGGGAGAAAGGAAAGACCGAGGAGAGAAAGGAAAAUAUAUUCAAUUCGCGGCCUUACUUAGAAGGUUGGGAGCUGACACCGCUCAAGUACAACAGUAAGCUGAUGAAUAGUAUCUGGGGUUUGUACAACCGUUAUUCGGUCCAUAACUUCAAGAAGAACACCGAUGCCGAGGAAGGGGCCCGCGGCGGGGUGGCUGCGGCGAUCUGGGGCGCAAUUUUGAAGAAUCGCCCUCCGGCCGCUGAUGCCGCUGCUACCACUAUCGCGGAUGGCCCCCAAAUUAUGAGGACCGGAAGUGGUCUCUAAAUACGACGCGGCCAUGUGAUGCUGAAAAUACAAUAAUCGCACAUUUUACGCAUUUAUAUAAUUAUGCAAAAUGUAACAGAAAUACAGAAAAUAUGUGUGUUAUAAA